GUCCUGGGCGAUCCGGGCCUCAGUGCGGGACCCCGCGCUGGUUCUGCUGGGAGACCGUCGUCAUGGUGGCGCCGGUGGUGUAUUUGGUGGCGGCAGCUCUGCUUGUUGGCCUUAUCCUAUUCUUGACUCGCAUUCGGAGCCGGGGGGCAACAGCUGGUCAAGAACCACUGCACAAUGAGGAGGAGCCAGUAGUGGCAGGCCGGGCAGCCCAGAUUCGUGCCCUGGAGCCUGAGGAACAGAGAGCUGGAGGCAGGCCCCGGCGCAGGAGGGACCUAAGCAGUCGCCUACAGGCCCAUCGUCGAGCCCAGCAUGUGGCCUGGGCAGAAGUGGAUGAGAAUGAGGAGGAAGCUGCAAUCCCAGCCCAGGAGGAAGAAGGCAUUGAGAAACCAGUGGAAACGCAUCUGACAGGGAAAAUUGGAACCAAGAAAUUACGGAAGCUAGAAGAGAAACAGGCGCGAAAAGCCCAGCGUGAGGCAGAGGAAGCUGAACGUGAGGAGCGGAAACGCCUGGAGUCCCAGCGUGAGGCAGAAUGGAAGAAGGAAGAGGAAAGGCUUCGCCUGGAGGAGGAGCAGAAGGAGGAAGAGGAGAGAAAGGCCCGAGAGGAGCAGGCCCGGCGGGAGCAUGAGGAGUACUUGAAACUGAAGGAGGCCUUCGUGGUGGAGGAGGAGGGUGUGGGUGAGACCAUGACUGAAGAGCAGUCACACAGCUUCUUGACAGAAUUCAUUAACUACAUUAAGCAGUCCAAGGUUGUGCUCUUGGAAGAUUUGGCUUCCCAGGUGGGCCUGCGGACUCAGGAUACCAUAAACCGUAUCCAAGACCUACUGGCUGACGGGACUCUAACAGGUGUGAUUGACGACCGGGGCAAGUUCAUCUACAUAACCCCAGAGGAACUGGCUGCCGUGGCCAACUUCAUCCGACAGCGGGGCCGGGUGUCCAUCACCGAACUUGCCCAGGCCAGCAACUCCCUCAUCACCUGGGGCCGGGACCCUCCUGCCCAGGCCCCAGCCUGACCGUGACCCUUCCCUCUUGGACUUGGAGCUGGUAUGGUCUAUCUGCCUAUACCUCUUCAUCCCUCCCCACCAUCCUGGAGCAGUGAUGGAGUAGUCUAGGAAGUUGUAGAUUAAAAGCCUGUGAGUACUGCUGAGCUUUUUGUGGCUUGAUGUGGCAAAAAUCCUGGCCUGGGAUUUCAGAUAAGCAAGUGAAAUCUAGAUUUCAGGAUAUAUCUGAGAGGUGGGGAGGGUCCCUUGCAAGUUGGCUGAAGUCCCAUUCUUAACCAUGUAUGCAUUCAUUCACAAAAAGCUUAUUG